GUUGCAUCAAAUCAAAAGCUUCUUCCUCCAAACAAACAUCAAUGGCGGACGUUAAUGGCGAUAAGAAGCACUGGUGGUUCACUCACAGAAAGCUUGUUGAUAAGUAUAUUAAGGAUGCAACAACUUUGAUGGCAAGUGAGGAGGCAAACGACGUCGCUUCAGCUCUUCAUUUACUAGACGCUGCGUUAUCCAUAUCCCCGCGUUUGGAAACUGCGUUAGAGCUUAAGGCUAGAUCUCUGCUCUUCCUCCGUCGUUUCAAGGAUGUCGCCGAUAUGCUUCAGGAUUAUAUCCCCAGUCUUAAACUCUCCCUUAACGACGAAGAAGGAUCCGCUUCUUCUCAAGGCUCUUCCUCCGACGGACUCAACCUUCUCUCCGACGCCUCUUCGCCGGGGUCGUUUAAAUGCUUCUCUGUUUCCGACUUGAAGAAGAAAGUGAUGGCAGGGAUUUGUAAAAAAUGCGACAAACAAGGGCAAUGGAGGUAUGUAGUGUUGGGUCAAGCUUGUUGCCAUCUAGGACUAAUGGAGGAUGCCAUGGUUCUGCUUCAAACCGGUAAACGCCUCGCCUCCGCCGAGUUUCGUCGCCGGAGUAUUUGCUGGUCCGACGAUAGCUUCCUUCUCCUCUCCGAAUCCUCCUCUACUUCUUCUCCACCACCCGAGAGCGAGAAUUUCACCCAUCUCCUCGCUCACAUCAAGCUUCUUCUCCGUCGUCGCGCCGCUGCAAUCGCCGCUCUCGACGCCGGACUGUUCUCCGAGUCGAUCCGUCACUUCUCCAAGAUCGUCGAUGGUCGUCGCCCUGCGCCUCAAGGAUUCCUCGCCGAAUGCUAUAUGCAUCGAGCCGCCGCUUAUAGAUCCGCCGGUAGAAUCGCGGAGGCGAUCGCCGAUUGCAAUAAAACCCUAGCUCUUGAACCGUCGUGUAUCCAAGCGUUAGAAACCAGAGCCGCGCUUCUGGAAACGGUGAGGUGUUUUCCAGAUUCGCUUCACGAUCUAGAACACUUGAAGCUUCUCUACAACACCAUUUUACGCGAUCGGAAGCUUCCAGGCCCGGUGUGGAAGCGGCACAACGUGAAAUACAGAGAAAUUCCUGGGAAAUUGUGCGUUUUGACAACGAAAACGCAGAAACUUAAGCAGAAAAUCGCAAACGGAGAAACUGGGAAUGUCGAUUAUUACGGCUUGAUUGGAGUCAGACGCGGAUGCACCAGAUCGGAGCUAGAUCGAGCUCAUCUAUUGCUGUGUCUCAGAUACAAACCCGAUAGAGCCUCGUCUUUCAUCGAACGGUGCGAGUUCACCGAUCAAAACGACGUCGAUUCGGUUAGAGAUCGAGCAAAAAUGUCGUCUCUGUUGCUUUACCGUUUGAUUCAGAAAGGAUACUCCGCCGUGACAGCGAUCAUAGCCGAGGAGCAGAGGAAGAACACCAUUGCUCACGCUCAAAAUCAAAAGAUUGAAGAACGCAAACCGGUGGAAAAAUCAGGUUCCAUCAAGAUAACCGGAAACGCUGAACCGAAACCGGUAAAUUCCAAUGCGUACCAAGGAGUUUUCUGUAGAGAUCUCGCUGCUGUUGGGAAUCUACUAACCAGGGCUGGUUUCAACCAUCCAAUCCCGGUUAAAUACGAAGCUCUCACCUGCUAAAACAAUUGAACCGAAAUUUUUUUUCUACCAGGUCAGCGAUCGAAAAUGACGUCGUUUCCAUAGAUUCGUCUUCGUACAGAAAAACAAAUCAUUCAGCCGUCA